AAUGUUUAAAAAGAGAGAGAAAGAGAGAAAAUAAAGGAAAUAACGGUUAUCUUGGUAUAUUUUUUUCUUCUCUUUUUUUUUUUUAGCCCCAGACGCAACGAAUCGUACUUUUCGUGUUCAAAGUAUUACCCUUCGGAGCAUCGUCUGACCGAAUUGUUCGAUGCAAAGAAAAAGAGGAUGUACCCUCAUCUGCGGAAAGAAAACUUGCCAGUCGAAUACAGCAGCAAAUCAUCGAAAAGUAGCAGCGAUAUAUCCGUAAAGUACGGUUACGCGUUCAGAGUUAUUGUUGCAAAUAUAUCAUCGAAUGACAACUUAAUAAAUUCUAUUUUCAGGCUAAAUUCUAUGUUGAAAAAUGCGAUCGAUCGAAAGCACCGUGAGACAUUGAGAAACGAAAAUUUCCAAGUGCAUCAUCGGAACGCGAUAUCGGUUCCGCUGUUCCCGAAGAAGAGGUACGCUAAAUGUGGGAAAAAAUUGCGGAGAAGCUCGAAGAACGCUGAAACUGUCAAGAUGAGCCCGGCGUGUAAGAAAUUCACGAGAACUAUAGACGAUUGCAAAAAGUAUUUGAAAGAAUUACACGACAGCAAUAAAAAUCUCGGAUUAGUCUGUAGCUCGUCUGAGAUCAGCAAUGAAUCGUCGAUAAAAAAUUUUUGGUCAGAUACGCAGCAACGAAGAGGUGUUCGAGGAAAAGACGCGAUUAAUGUGAGCGAAAAGCUUGAAAAGAAUAAUAGAAAUGAAUACGGAAAAGAGGAAAAUAAAGGAGAGAAGAAGCUUGAAAAAAUUGAUAGAAAGCAGCAAAGUAACGAGCAGCGUUUGGAACUAUCGAAUGCGAUUUAUCCAGUUCUACAACUGAUUGACAAACGUUUAUUGCCCCCAAAAAUGAACAUAUCGUUUUGCGCUGAUGUGUUCCCCCAGCAACUGACCUCGAAGAUGUUAGUUUCGUGUGAACCGAGGAAAAAGCUGAAAACGUCUCAAGAAGCCCUGUACCAAGUGAAAAAGAAAUUAGAGAGCUUACAUAAUGUUCUGCGUAUGUACGAGUUGCAAAAUAUUGAUAUGAAAGCCUCGGAGAACCAACGAGAUAAUAGCAAUAAAAUGAACAGCGUUUGCAAAAACAUCGUGAGUACGCUUGUCUCAGUCACGACAGACACGGACAAUUUGAAGAACACCGAAAAUAUCGAAAUAAAGGCCAAUGGAAAUAUCAGGAAUAACAGUAAGGAAAUCCAACGGACAACUUCCAACAGCUCUGAACAAUACGAAAGCGAUGAAACAACUAGAAGUUCAGUAGCGUCUAUUCGAAAUUAUUCGAAUAUGUUCAACGCGUAUCAUGUAAAUAACAUAAAUGAUCCUUAUUGUCUGCUUACAAGGAACGACGAGGCAAAAAUAUCUUCUACGAAUGGCCACGAAUUACAGAUAAUUCCAAAUAAUCAGACUGUAUAUUCUUCUAGCGUAAAAUAUGAAAGAAUACCUGAAAGAAUAUAUUAUACUAUUUCAUCGGAUUCCUCUGAAGAAAAGGAAGUUAAGAAGAAGACAGUAAUAUCAGAAAAUUGCAUACCAAUACCGGAUGAUGUAUACACGAAGGGCAAUCAAGCGAAGCAAUUCAAUGGCUCUGAUCAAUAUCCAGUUGCAAUGGAAACUGACGAGGAUGCAAUAAUAUCACCAGCUUCGAGCCAUACAGAGGUAUCAAAGGAUAGUGAAUUAGAUGACAAGCCGACAGCGUUAUUACUUCAAGAAGCCCUUCAAUUCAAAAGAGCAUUAUUAACGCGUGUCGAACUGGAAAAGAUAUGCUACAUAGACGAAAAGAAGGAAGAGAUGAGUAACGAAUCUGUAUCGGAUUACGGCAGGUACUCUUACGUUAACAAUAAUCUACAAUCAAAGUUCUUGGAUAUUAUAUCAGAAGAACAGUCUGUUAGCAGUUCUACCGAGAAAAACAGUAAAACUUAUAUGUUUUUCAAUUUGAAACAAGACCUUAAUCAACGAAAUGAAAUUAAAGACUUGGACACGUGUAAAAAAUAUCUGGACUCGAAACAAAACCUUAGUUCACCCUCUGAAUAUUUUAGUUUUAGUAAUAUAAUUCAGGAAGGAAAUGAGAUUAAAAAUAAGCUAUCUUUACCAAAGCAUAACCACUUUCAAGGAAACGAAAUAGUUCCAAGUAAUUUACGGAUAAGAUAUUUAAACGACAUAUUGAACGAGUCUGAUGAAAAGCUUAUAAAAUUUGUAAGUUGUUUAAAUACAACAGAGGCGAAUAUGAACGAAGAAAGGACAUGUUACGGCUACGAUCAUGAGAAAGAGAAUUUCAAAGAGCAUUUCACGCGCAUGAAUGAUGUAAAUGAGUUUCUAAAUCGGGACACGAAUAGCGUAGAAUUGUUUUCACAAAACUUAGACGAAACUCCUUCAUCGGAGAAGAUUGAAGAUUCGAACAAUGAGAUAACUUCCAAUUUUCUGAACUCUGAAUCUCUGAAACAAUGUACCAAUGUUAGAAUUACUAAAGACACAGGAACUGAUAUAUCGAACUUGAAACUGAGUACAUUGGAUAAUGAAAAAUACGAAGAUCAAGAAAUUUUAUCAUGCAACUCGAAUUUAACAUUAAAAAGAAAUCCUGGUGCGUGUUCGUUAAUCGAACAAACGUUGCUCCACAGAAACAUAAAUAAAACAUUGGAAAUGCACGGUAUAGUUGAAAACGAAGAUCCAAUAUAUGAAUUAUCACCCAGUGAGAGUAAAGAAACUUCAUGUGGAACAAAUUUAAUACGGGAUUCAUUAACAUCCACCAUAAAUCAGUCCAAUGAUUCUAACAUUCCGGAACCACCAUCUGUAACAGUACUGAUUAACAAGUCAUUAGACAAAGAAAAGUUAGAAUUAGAUUGGUUGAACGUCAAUAAUAAUUUCAGUGAUGAUACUAUCAAUGAAAAAGAUGUAAAAACGUGUUCAACAAACACAAUUACUCUUCAGAAAUAUGAUACUACAAACAUAAAUAACUAUAAUAAAACAGAAACUAAUUACAACAAACACGAUCACUUUCAAGAUGAAAAGAAUUCGGUUACACAAAAUCUAUUUACAAAUCUGAAUAAAAAAGAACUAAUAAAAGAGACGGAUUUUUUAAAAUCUUACUCCAAUCUUAUUUCUCCACACAGCAGUAUGUAUUUUACAGAUGAAGCCUCGAGUUCUACUACGAAAUUAAAUAAUACACAUUCAAAAAACCUUAAAGGCUACUUACACUCUAAUCUGUAUACGCAAAAUAACAAGGAAAAUACAUUACACAGCAAGCAUGACAAUUUAAAAGGUAUUGCAAGUGACACUAAAAAAACGAAUAUCAUGGUCACUGACAAGUCUUUUAUUAAACUUUCAAAUGAUGAAUUCGAUAUGAAACAAAAUUUAUCAAAAUUCCAAGGUAAAAUGUCUAAUAAAAACAAUUCAUUAUCUUCUAAAUCUUGUACAGAGAAUAUUGAUACGAUUAAAGAAGCAAAGGCUUUAAAAGAAGAAAAGGAAAUUCGGAACAAUAGAUCUCCAGUGGCAUAUGCUGUUGAUAAUUAUAAUUUAUUAUUUGCAGAAAAUGUUCCGAUUGACGAAACGCUACCCAAUUUGCCAGCGAAUGAUAUGAAAACAUUACAUCUAGAACAAAAUAUUAUCUCGUCAAAUUUAUCUCCACGACAAGUUUCUCCAAGAGAGACGAAAAAAGAUAAUAUAAUGAAAAGAACGAACGCGACAAUGAAAUCGUGGAGCCACGAAAACUAUACUUUAAAAUCCGAGAAACUGAAAAGAUCAAUAGCUUCGCGAAACAUAAAAGGUUUAAAAUCCGAUUUGUUGAACACUGUUCAAAUCAAAGCAGAAGAUAGUACAAACACAACAUAUCCAAAAUUAAGUGAUUUAUCUGCAGAACCUAGGUGUAACACAGGAGAUAGUGUUAAAUUAGAUAGAAAACGAUCCCGAUCGCAAGUAAGUUUUCGAACGAACGAAUCACCAAAAGAAAUAACACCACGGUCACAUGAAUACCCAAGCAAUACAAAUUUUAUAAAUUACACUCAAUCGUUAGAAACUAAAUUAAAAUCAAAAGGUCCUUUCAAAUCUUUGUCACCAAUUCCGAGAACAUCUUCAAAAUCUUGCAUACCGAUUUUAAAAAGUCGAUUGGAAGCAGCUCGAAAGACUGAAAAUGAAUCGCGACCUAAGAGUCCGAUGAGAGGACCACUGACAAUGACUAUGUUCUGGAGGGAUAAUCCGAGUAAUAAUAAGGACCAAAAUGAAAUAGAUGAAAUUCAAGUGGAAGGUAAAUCAAGAAAUACAGAUUCAUGUAUAGAAGAGGUAAACUCUUUCGUAGGAAAGGUAAAUGACGCUGAUAAUCAUAAGCAAGAUUUAAUAAAAACAUCACAGAUUGCACAAAAUAUAAAUGAAAAUGCCGGCAAUGAUAUUAUCGCGCAAGAACAAAUGGUAAUAUAUGUUAACAUAUUCACAAAAUAUGACCACGCUUCGACAAAAAUAGUGGAUCCAAAUAAGUUUUUGGAAUAUAUUAAAAAUAGAGAAGUAAGUGUACAAAAGAUGGAAGAAAAUCAAGCCAAUAAAAAGUAUGAUGAACUUCGAGGGAUCCCCACAGAAAAUGAGAAGGAUAGGAUACACAAAAUCGUUACUGUUGUUUCUACCGUCAUAAAUGGUAAUGAGCUGGACCAAACUACGUCAACUAAUUUAUCAGUACCGAAAACGCAAAAAGACUCGGUGUCGAACAUUUUAUUAAAUUCUAAAUUAAAAAAUUUAUGUUUCUUGUCUGUUGAGCAAAAAGAAGUCGAUGUAACUGCUAAACCUUCUGUUAUCGAUACAAGUACAUCUAUAUCAGAUUUGGAGAAUAUUUCAAAAACGACAAAAACAACGUUAAACAAAUUUCAAAUAUGCGGAACACCUAAGGAGUUAAGCAAUGAGGAAUAUAUAGCUCUAUUAGAAAUUCUUCACCAGGAAUCGAAUUUUAUGCAUCUAGAAGAAUUGCAAAACAUUUGUAAGAAGCUUACAUCGAAACAUUAAAAAAUAUAAGUAAAAUUAGAUCAUAAAUAAUAUUAUUUAUCUAUGUUUAUAAAAUUCAUCAUUGAUAAUGUCUAUUAUAUUUUUGUAAUAUACACUUUUAAUACAGAACAUGAACAUCGUAUAAUUAUGUUGUAUAUAUAUGUACUCAUUUGGAAAUAAAUAUAUUUUUCACAUGAUGUUAGAAAGCAUCAUAUGUUGUUGCAUC